UCAUGGCUUCCCUCCAGGAGAAGCAACCACAAUUGUCCAUGGACGAGUCCGAGUUUGGCGACAUCAAUGAAGAGCAGCGCCAGAAGCUGCUGAGUUACGACGACGAUGUCGAGAAGCAGUCAAUGGUCGAGGAACAGACACAAGCAAAGAGCGCACAGGAUGGCGCCGAAUACUCUGUCUCGACUCGGGUCAAGAUGAUCUGUCUGGGGCUAUACUUCGCCAUGAACCUGGGCCUCACGCUAUACAACAAGGCCGUCCUCUCCAAGUUUGCUUUCCCCUGGCUCAUGACUACAUUACACGCUACAUGCGCGGCAAUCGGAUGCUACACGCUCCUGCUCGCAGGCCACAUCAAGCUUUCAUACCUCACACGACAAGACAACUAUGUCCUGGUGGCAUUCUCUGUCCUCUUCACCAUCAACAUCGCCAUCUCAAACGUCUCUUUGGAGAUGGUCUCUGUUCCUUUCCACCAAAUCGCCCGCUCGACCUGCCCUGUCGCAACCAUUUUGAUCUACCGCUGGUUCUACGGCCGCUCCUACGCGAAGGCCACGUACAUGGCUCUGAUUCCCAUCGUGCUCGGUGUUGGACUUAGCACAUACGGCGACUACUACUUUUCUCUCGUCGGCGCAUCUCUCACCUUCCUCGGUGUCUUCCUCGCGGCCAUCAAGACUGUCGCAACCAACCGUCUCCUGACCGGUAGCCUCAAGCUCCCCGCCCUCGAACUGCUCCUGCGCAUGUCUCCCCUCGCCGCCGCACAAUCGCUCGUCUACGCAUACUGCACCGGCGAAGUCACUCGUUUUGGCAACUUCGCCGCUGAAGGUGGCCUCACCUCUUCCGUCAUUCUCGCCCUGCUCGGAAACGGCAUCCUCGCCUUCAUGCUCAAUGUCACCUCUUUCCAAACAAACAAGCUUGCUGGAGCCCUGACACUGAGCGUCUGUGGCAACCUCAAGCAAUGCCUCACCAUCCUCCUCGGCAUCGUUCUCUUCAAUGUUCGCGUUGGACCCGAGAACGGAGCCGGUAUAUUAGUCACUCUCCUCGGCGCUGCAUGGUACAGCAAAGUCGAGUUGAGCGUCAAGAAACCCGCCCCAAGAUCA